GGGCCUCAAAAGAGUCCAAGAUCAUCCAUGUCUUCUUCUGCGUGCGCUGAGAAACGCUAUUAAUUUUAUAAAAUCCACCGCCGUCCUUGAUUCCUACAUAACAUCUGCGUCGCCUGCCUAUGUCACCCCCCCUCUUCCUCCUCCAGGUACGCCAGGGACAUUCCAGACUGGGAAUCGGAGGACAACUAUUCUGCUAGAAUGGGUCUUUUACAAGAAAUCUCGGGACCUUUGUCCCAGCAGCUAUCAGAGCUGUCCAUCGUGUCGCAAGUUGGAGCCGUCGUUGCUGGUCUCCUAUUUAUCUCCGUCUUCCUCAACGUCUUGAGGCAGAUAUUGUUCAGGAAUCCCAAUGAGCCGCCCGUCGUCUUCCACUGGUUUCCCCUGAUCGGGAGCACUAUCACAUAUGGCAUGGACCCUCCGCGAUUCUUCAAGGAGAACCGUGCCAAGUAUGGCGAUAUCUUCACUUUCAUUCUCCUCGGCAAGAAAACAACCGUCUACGUUGGACCCGCGGGCAACGAGUUUAUUUUGAACGGCAAGCUCAAGGACGUCAACGCCGAGGAAAUCUACACAGUCCUUACAACACCCGUCUUCGGAAAGGAUGUAGUUUACGACUGCCCUAACUCGAAGCUCAUGGAGCAGAAGAAGUUCAUGAAGAUCGCCCUUACCACUCAAGCUUUCCAAUCCUACGUACCUAUCAUCGCCGACGAGGUCACCAACUACUUCAAGAGGAGCCCAGACUUCAAGGGCAAGUCUGGCAUCGUCAACAUUCCGAAGAGCAUGGCUCAGAUUACGAUUUUCACUGCCUCUCACUCCCUCCAGGGUGCCGAGAUCCGAAACAAGUUCGACGAGUCCUUGGCCGACCUGUACCACGAUCUUGACAUGGGCUUCAGCCCCGUCAACUUCAUGCUCCACUGGGCGCCGCUCCCUUGGAACAAGCGUAGAGACCAUGCCCAGAAAACCAUUGCUAAAAUCUACAUGGACACCAUCCAGGAGCGCCGCGCUGCUGGCCAAUCGGACUCUCAGGAUAUCAUGUGGCACCUCAUGAACUCGACAUACAAGAACGGCGUCCAGAUCCCCGACCACGAGGUCGCACACAUGAUGAUUGCCCUACUCAUGGCUGGACAACAUUCUUCAUCGUCCACCAGCUCCUGGAUUAUGCUGCGACUAGCUUCUCGACCAGACAUCCACGAGGCGCUUUACCGUGAACAGGUCGAGGCUUUGGGUGCUGACUUGCCACCGCUCACCUACGAGGAUCUUGCGAAGCUUCCAUUGAACCAGGCCAUCAUUAAGGAGACACUCCGUCUACAUGCCCCCAUCCACUCGAUCCUCCGCGCCGUCAAAUCCCCCAUGCCUGUACCCGGAACCAAAUAUGUCGUUCCCACUAGCCACCAGUUGCUCGCGGCUGCCGGCGUGAGUGCUUCUGACCCCAACUAUUUCCCCGAGCCAGACCUAUGGGAGCCGACGCGAUGGAACAAGGACUCUCAUCUCGCGCCUCGACUUCCCGCCACGUCUGAAGACGAAGAGAAGAUCGACUACGGCUAUGGCUUGGUCAGCAAGGGUGCCAACUCACCGUAUCUGCCGUUUGGCGCGGGACGACACCGAUGCAUUGGUGAGCAAUUCGCCAACGUGCAGCUCCAGACUAUUGUAGCCAUGGUCGUUCGUGAAUUCAAGCUUCGCAACGUCGAUGGCAGCGACAAGGUCAUCGGCACAGAUUACGCGUCGUUGUUUUCGCGGCCUCUGGAACCCGCCAAUAUUCACUGGGAGAGACGGAAGUAAAUCAACGCUAUUCAAGUUAACCUAAUUUCAGCGACGAGAUACGCUUUGUAAAUUUAAGAAGAAGAAGAAACAAAAAGACUACCUGUAUUAGCACAGGUCGCUUGGGAGUAGAUGGCAAUUCCCCCCAGGCAUGUUACGAGAACAUGGCAUAGACAUACAAUAUUGUAGUACCUAAUAAGACAACGAUUAUGAACAAAUCGUUUUAUACUAACUAAAUAUUUGAGUAUUUCAUGGUGGUAGUUACCAUUGAGCUAGACUGAUGAGAAGAAAUCUCAACAUAUUUGAGAUGAUCUGAUUGUGUACCUAUCACUGAUUGGAUGUAACCUUGACCAACCACAAAAGUAGUUGGAAAGUUUCAAUCAAACCAGGAUUGUUUUGCUGGCG